GUCGGUCGUUACCGAGAAUUUGUUAAUCAGGUUGGUGUUCGUUCCUAUGGAGCGGCGCUCCUCCUCCUCCUCCGUCUCCUGCCUCCGCCGCGUCCGAUCCGAGGCCUCCGACCUUCUCCCCUCCAUCGACUCCAGGACCGGCGUGUUGCGAGAGAUCGUCCGGUCCCUCCGCGAAUCCGAGAAGCCCCGCCUCGUCAUGGUCUCGCGGGUCUACCGGGACAUUCUCCAGCUAUGCGACGAGCGCGGUGCGGGUGAGGACGAGUUGGAGUGGAACCGCGAGAUCGGGGAUGAGAUCAGGAGCGAGGCCAUGAAGGUGCUGGAGAGAGGCAUGGAAGGGCUGAACCAGGCGGAGGUUGGUACUGGGCUGCAGGUGUUUCACAAUCUAGGCGAGUUGAAGGCCACCGUGGCGCAGUUGGUGAAUAAGUACGAGGGAACGGGAGUGAAGAGUGUUGAUGCCACAUUCGAUGCGAAGGCGAAAUCGAACAUUGGACGAGGUUUGAUUGUUUCGAUAUUGAUUGGAGAGAGCCUGGGGCCUCCACGGGAUGCGAUCGAUGCGCUUUGGAAGGGGACCGAAGAGUGUAUGGAGCAGUUGCGCUCGGUCGUGGUCGCGGUUUGGCACUUGCAGCGGGUGUUGUCGCAGACGACGGAUCCGUUCACGCACGUAUUGCUGCUUGACGACGUUAUUCAGGACGGCGAUGCAAUGUUAUCAGACCGCGUCUGGGAGGCACUUGCUCAGGCCUUUGCAAGGAAAAUGGAAUCUGCUUUCACCAAAGAGAGUUUUGUUAAUGAUAUUUUUACGACGGGAUACCCGAGGAUGCUUUCCAUGGUCGAGAAUCUUCUAGAACAGAUUUCACGCGACACCGAUGUCGAGGGAGUAUUGCCGGCUAUCACUCCCGAAGGAAAAGAUCAAAUGGUUUCAGCAAUAGAAAUAUUCGAGAUUCAAUACUUGUGUGAAUGCUCCAGAGGUCUUAAAUAUCUUGUCAAACAUGAAUUCCCCAGAAGUCUUCACUCCAAAGAACAUAUCUCAAGAAUCGUGUCAUGCAUACAGGAAGAGAUUGAAAAAGCUGUCCAGUUGGACCGGCGUUUAACUCUGCUUGUCUGGCAUGAAAUUGGUAUGGCGUUCCGCCUGCUGGCGCCACAAGCUGAGAACCAGAUAUCUACUGGUCCUGACGCACUUCAAGUGACGGGUCCUGCUACAGCAGCCCAGCUGAAGAACUUCGCCAUAUGUCAGUAUUUGCAAGAAAUUCACACCCGCAUAUCAUCUAUGAUCCGGGAAUUCCCGCCUGUUGCUGCCGAUGAGCUUUCCCCUGCAAUGGGUGCAAUAUAUAAGGUCGCAGGUGAUGCAGUGACACCCUUAUUUCAAGCGAUGCUGGAUCGACUGGAGUCUUGCAUACUGCUAAUUCAUGACCAGAACUUUGGCGUGCUUGCGAUGGAUGCUGCUAUGGACAAUUAUGCAUCAUCACCCUACAUGGAGGAGUUGCAGAAGUGCAUUCUUCACUUCCGUACUGAGUUUCUAGUCAGGAUGAUGCCUCCGGCUAACGCAACAACUGGAGGGACAGAAAUGAUAUGCACUCGGCUCGUUAGAAACAUGGCUUCCCGAGUUUUGAUCUUCUUCGUCAGGCAUGCUGCUCUCGUGAGGCCUCUAUCAGAAUCAGGGAGGCUGAGAUUGGCUAGAGACACGGCCGAGCUGGAGCUGUCGGUAAGCCGGAACUUGCUCAAGGCGGAACAGCUAGGCGAACCGUACCGAGCCCUUCGAGCAUUUAGGCCCCUCGUAUCCUUGGAAACAUCUCAGCUGGGAGGAGCAUCUCCUCUUCUUCAGGAUAUGCCGGUCAGUGUACUUCACCAUCUCUACACCCGCGGUCCAGACGACCUGCAGUCCCCGAUGCAAAGGAACGAGCUCACGCCGUUGCAGUACUCUCUGUGGAUGGAUUCACAAGGAGAGGAUCAGAUCUGGGAAGGCGUGAAAGCAACUUUGGAUGAUUAUGCCGCGAAAGUAAGGGCAAGAGGGGACAAGGAGUUCAGUCCUGUGUAUCCCCUCAUGCUUCAAGCGGGGUCAUCUUUGACCGAGAAUGCCUCUGCGGUUCGGUAACCCUGAAAGCGAGCAUAUAACUAACGACAGUUACUUACAUUAGGAGCAUACCCCGUUCUCUUCUUUUUUUUCUGAACGAUGAUGCGUUUGAGAUAUAGUUGGAGAAGGCUUGUAAAUAG